AUGUCGCUACCUAUUCUCUAUCUGACGGCUAUCCUUGCCGUCCUGGGAAUCCUCUAUGUAUUCCUCUUCGUCGGCCGUAGAGAGAGGAACCUUCCACCUGGCCCACCAACCCGACCCAUCAUUGGCAAUGCCCACCUGAUUCCUCACAAAGGCGCCCACUUUACGUUCAUUGAAAUGGCCCGAAAGUACGGUGGCAUGUUUUCUCUCAAGGUUGGGUCGGGCACGAUUAUUGUACUCAAUGAUCGACGGAUUAUCAAAGAGGUAUUGGAUAAGAACAGCGCGAUAUCCAGCAAUCGACCGCAAUCAUUUGUCGCCCGCACCAUUACAGGAGGCGAUCAUCUGUUGAUUAUGGAUGCUGGCGCGCCAUGGCGGACGUUUCGGAAACUGCUGCACCAGGAGUUUAUGGCGUCUAAGUGUGACAAGGAACACAUCCACACACAGAAUGCCGAAGCCAUCCAGAUGCUGCGCGACUUCAUCCUGUUUCCGGAAGAGCACAUGCUACAUCCCAAAAGAUAUAGCAACAGCAUAAUCAUGAGUCUCCUCUAUGGGGUGCGGACGCCGUCAUUUAAUACACCUCAUAUGCAGAGACUCUAUGAGCUCAUGGAGCACUGGUCCUCGAUCUUGGAAAUCGGAGCGACUCCGCCAGUAGACGCCUUCCCUUUUCUCAAGUUCCUCCCGGAACGAUUCUUCGGCAACUGGUGGUCCCGAACCCAGGCAGUCAAGAGAGAAAUGGAAAGUCUCUACGGUGACAUGCUGCGCCACGUCAUGCGCCGUCGACAGACCAGCGGCAGUCUGAAGUGCUUCAUGGACAGGGUUCUCGAUCAGAACGAGAAGCUCGGGCUCAGCAAUCAUCAGCUCUACUUCCUGGGCGGCGUCGUGAUGGAGGGCGGGUCGGAUACCUCUUCUUCGGUCAUCAAUUCGUGCAUCCAUGCCUUGGUCCAGUUUCCCGAGGUCCAGAAGAAGGCCCAGGAGGAGAUCGACCGCGUGGUGGAUGAGAGCCGGACUCCCACCUGGUCUGAUUUCGCGGAUUUACCGUACGUAACCCAGGUGGUCAAGGAAGCACAGCGGUGGCGCUCCGUCGGCGGCCUGGGAUUCCCCCAUGUGCUUACCGAAGACCAGUGGGUUGACGGCAAGCUUCUCCCCAAAGGAGCCGCCAUCUUCACCAGCGUCUGGGAUAUCCACCACGACGAACAACGGUAUCCAAAUCCCGACGUGUUUGAUCCAGACCACUAUGCAGGCUACAACAUGCUGGCCUCGGAGUAUGCGAAUUCCGCCGACUAUAAGAACCGCGACCACUAUUCGUUCGGCAACGGGCGCCGUCUCUGCCCGGGGAUACACCUCGGGGAGCGAAAUAUCUUCCUCGGGAUCUCCAAGCUGCUGUGGGCAUUCGAAUUUGAAAAGGCUGUGGACGAGGCUAGCGAACCCAUUGAGACUGAUAUCAGCCCUGUCACGGCGUAUUCGCAACGCUUUUUGAUUACUGCGAAGCUAUAUCUCUGCAAGAUCACUCCACGCUCCGAGAAGCGGAAAGAGACUAUCAUGCGUGAGUUUGCCGAGGUGGAAAAGACUGUGUUUGCAAAGUAUGAGAAUGUGUAG